AUGCCGUACCCACUCACCAAACUACCGACAUCCCCCGACGACAUAACAGCAAUGGACCCAAGGCAUGCUUUGAAACUGGGGAUGGCGUUUACAAAGAACGGAUUGCUUCAAGCGCUAAACAAUUUGUAUAAUCUGGCCCCGGCUGUAGAGGCUUCUCGCUCUGCCUUUGUGCCGUUCUUAGACUAUGCAAGCAUGACCUUCUCGAUAUUACUUCUUCACCUAGAAGGUCGGACACCUAUCACUGAUUUACCAUCUUCGUUACUGACUAGCGCGCAAGGCGAUGAUUUGUUCUUCUCUACCCCAAAUAAUGGCCAGGGGAAAACUCUACAAGCCAUCCUCGGUGCAAAUUGCAAUCCAACGAUGAGUGCAGUGGUGCGGUCUAUAAAGAAAGCGCAAGUAUUGAUAGAACAGUGGAGAAAGACACCUGAAGAUUACACAGCUGCGGCCCUCCGAAGCGCUAUCGACUUCGGACCACAUAUGCUCGAGCUGAUGCAGGCACAGAUUGCCAGCAUCGACACCAAACGGCUCGAAGGGAGUCUGACUGCAGAAGAGGUUAAAACGAUGGUGGCUGAGAAUGUAGGGUGGUUCGAAACCCAAGUAGGCGUAGAAGCUCUCCUUCCGUUUGUUGUCUCCCAUCAUGAUGCCGGUGCCUCGAAAUUUUGGCCGCCCAUUCAUCCAGACGGCAUGGCCUUGAUUCCUCAGCUUAUCGAGGACAAUGCUGCUCGUUGGCAGUUCGCUCCUGUGCACCCAGUUACCAGGGAGGCUAGUCCUUGGGCGGUGUAA